AUGGGACCUCCCGAAUUAUCCACACCUACGAGCACGCGCAACGCUAUGCAGCUUCUGUCCACCGUCACGGAGCCCACACGCCUCCUCAUCACCGCGAGCUUUCCUCAAGAUUUUUGUCUUUCAACUGGAAGCGCUCGCAACGUCGCAUUGCGCCUCACUGCCAAGGGGUUGAACAACAGCGCACAUUUCCUUUUCCUCUCAAGUUUCCAGCUACUGCUCUUCGCGUAUACCGACAUCCGUGCUGGUUCAGCUUCAAGCGGUCAGAUGAGCUGCUGGACGAUACAAUCGCUCAGUAACCUCAACUUGAGACUUGCGCUGGGCGACGAAGAAGGAGAAUGCGACAUCGACCCCACGCUGUGGUGCGAUAAACGCGUUCCAGAGACAGCGGUACCCAACUUCGACGCCUGCAACAUAUCGCGUAGAUACGAGGCCGAAAUUCUGCUAGGGCUGCAGUGUAGGCAUGCAGGAAAGGCUGGACGCGUCUCUGUCGUGCAGUUGCGUGUACCUGUGCGGAUCGGAUCCGGUUUGAUGCCAGGGAGAAAGCUUGAAGAUCUGGAGACUAUGGAGAUAAGGCUUGGAUUACAGAGAGAAUCAGUGGUAGGGCAGGUGUCGUCGAUGGAAGAAUUUGGAGAGAAAGAAGCGUUUCCGGCGCCGCCGACGUACGAGGAGGCGACGCAGAGGCCCGAGGAGAGGUGA